GGCAUCUCUAGUCACGAAUGGUUCCGUCUCCUCGUAAGCAGGCGCCACCAACGCCUAAAAAAAUGGCACAAAAGACUCCAACAAAAGGAACAAGAUCGUCUCCACGUAAGAAGGCGUGGGGCUCACCGAUCAAAGCGACUGCCAAAUUUCAGAGUGAUAUCUUUUCGGUCGAGGAUUUCGCCGACCUUUCGAACAGAUCGUGGGCUGAAGUUACCGAGGAAGACGAUGAGCUUGCUAGUAGACUUGAAGAAGAAAGACGUUGCAAGAGUGAAUCUCGCAGAAAGGGACAGCCAAAGAGGGCCCAGAACAGUCAAAACAAGCCGAAAUUCGUUCGUUCACUUGAGCUGACAAAUGAAGUGUUCCAGUCAACGUCUUCUCGUCGUUCACAAAGAAGCAAAUCCCGAACACGUAACGGAGACACCAUCACAACCGUCGAGGAGCACACAGAAACUGUCGUUAUGGAAUCCUCUUCAGGCCCGAUAAGCCGUAAAAGAUGUUUGUCAAAUGCGUCAACCAUUAAUGAAGGUGCAUCACCUUCAAAACGUCGUCCAGAAACUGGGAAAUCGAAUCGUAAAGCACCACGAGGCCGUCUGUUCACAAAUGGUGGAUCCGAUAGUUCGAGUGUGGCGAGCAGUCCGUCACGAAGGGAUCAUUGGGAAGAGCCGACUCUCGGAUGGUGCACUGAUGAGGCUGUAUUGAAGAGACGCUCAAGGGAAAUCGACAGAGCCAAGGAAAAGGCUGUCUAUCAACGAUAUACUUCGGAGGUGCCACUUCGCGAUCGCAUCAAGGGACAACAUCCACGAACCCCAAAUAAGCUUAUAAACUUCAGUCGCCGCAGUUGGGAUACUCAAAUCAAGAAAUGGAAGAGAAGCUUGUACGAGUAUUGUGGAGAGGAGCCAUCAGAUUCUGUCAAUACUUCUUUCUGUUACUCAGAUUCCGAUGCAUUGAGUGAGGCCGGUGACAACGAUAAGGAGAUUGAGAACAGAUCUGUUCUCCGAGAUCUUGUCAUUCCAGUCACUAUGCGACCAGAAGUUGACUCAAUGGCUUCCCUACUCGGAAAGUUCGAUGUGGACUCACAAAUGGGAAUGGAUGAGAGCACUCUGAAAGCUUCAACCAACACGGAUCCAUCGGCUCCAACUGACUUCUCCAAGAUGUCGUCGCACUAAAGAUACUCAUUUUCCUUCUUGAAUCCUGUUUUGGUUUUAAAAAACCCGUCUAUUUUCUAAUUUAAAAUUUUCCACCCUCAACAUCUUUCCUACCCCCUCAACUUUUUUCUUUCUUUCACUCUAAUCAGUAAUGUUCAAUCGAUCCGUAAUAGAAAUAGUACGAUGAUUGGGAUAAUGGGCCCCUGUCAUAUUUCAAAGUCUGUUCUAUUUUCUCCUUCUAAUUUCUCUCUUUCUUUCUCAUUUCAUUUUUCGCGUCUCUUCCUAAUUGCUUGUGUUGUUAAAAACGAAUUUCAUUGAAUUAUAAUUUGAUUUCCUAUAUAUUUCCAAACAUAUAACCCCUACCUAUCCUAUCUAUUCAGACCCAUAAUUCACCAAAAAACGAUGAUUGCACUUAUUGAAAAUUGAGAAUAAAUUUGUGCUAUGCCCCUCAAUUG